AUGCUAAACCGCGCACUAAAUAAUAGGUAUGGAUUUUUAAUUCACCCUAGGAGGUUUGUGCAUUUAAAAGAUAAAUCCCUAGAUGGAGCAUCUGUAUUGUCUUCAAAAAAGAACCAUACGUACGAUGUUCCAACUGAUGAUCCAAGCGGUAUUCUCAAUGCCUCGGACAUUGAUAGAAUUAAUAAUUUGCCAUUUUUCGAUAACAUCGGUGAGACAAAAGAGGCAAAUACUAAGGAAGGGGUAUUGUUGAGUGAAAAAUUGGCCAAUGUUAAAGAAUUAUUUGGAGGAGAUCCCGAAAAUCCUUCAUUUAUCAAUUACAGAUUUCCUAGAGAUCUAGGAAAUCCAUAUAUUGAUAUUCAAUUAAAUCAGCUAAAGAAAAAAAGAUUGUCCGUCACACAAUUAUGUACCACGCAGAAUUGGUGCGAAUUAAGAAACUUUUAUGAUUUUUAUUCACAGAAUUUGUCUAACCAACUACUGAAUUUAAAAUUUCAAGUGCAAAAAGGUAAGAAGAUCCAUAAAUCACUGGAGGACGAGACGCAUCCUGAAUUAAAUCAGUAUAAUAGUUUUACCCACGAUUUCCUUGCGCUGACAAAGUUAUCUAUGGACAUUGAUGGCGAAAUGGAUGCCUUGUUAGACAACUGGUUUAACUCUAUCAAUAGGUUAAUCUCCUUAUUCACCAGAGGCGAUGGUCAUGCAAGAGAAAUAGUUUGUCAUGGUUUCAUCAACUUACAAGACGGUAAACUAAUACAGCAGUUGCUGAACAAUGAUAGUAAGACAAAAGAAAAUGUUAUAAUAUCAGGUAUUAUUGAUCAUUUAACUCUUAGAAACAAGCACAGUCAUCAAGUAGAGAAAGGCAUGGUUCAUCUUGAUACGGAACAUCAAAGCUGGGGUAAUGUUCUCGCUGAAUUGCUACUAAACUUAAAACACCUGAAAUCAAAUAACGAGGUUCUUAUCUCUGAUAUUAAGACAAGGUCAGUACCAAAAACCCCAUCAAUUGAAUCCGUUAUAGAAUCAUCUAAAUUACAGACAAUGUAUUACAAGUUCUUCUUUUUCCACCUUAGUCAAGACAUGACACAAACCUACCAUAGCUUUUUAAUUAACGCCCAGAGAAGAGGGCUCGAUGUUGAUGCGCCCAUAAAUCCUACAAAGAUUUUGACUUUAAUACUAACAAACCCGCUCUUUGCUAAUGAUGUGAAGAACCUCCUGUAUGGGCAACCGAUAAAUCACGUUGCUUUCGAUAGUGACACCAAAGGCUCUAAUACAUUCGAUAUGACGGCAUUCAAUGAUUUACUAGACCGAGGUCCCACAUCUUUCAACGUGCCAAUCGAACAAGAAGAAGAUAGCUCGGAGCCGACAAAAUGCAUAUCUUUGCGAGAUUAUGAAUAUUUCUAUACAAAGUGGAAGACUCCUCUAACUUUGAAAUAUUUCGCGGCAAGAUUAUCACAGAUCUAUUAUAUCGUGGGCAACCUCGUUUCGAAUGAUUUAAUGAUUGAAUAUUAUUACCAUAACGAUAACUUCCACAAUAUCAUCUUCCCAUACGAUCCAGUAAAACUGGAAACCCAUGCUCGUGAUUCUGCAAUGGUUUGGUUUGGUCAUAGAGAUAUGCAUCCAAUUGAACCUACCCAAAAAAACUUCAACACUUAUUGUAAAUUUUGUGAUUACAGGCACGUUUGUUCCUGGAAAAAUAAAAGUAAAUUGAAACUUGUUGAUCUGGGAAAAGAAUUAAAAAAAAUCAUUCUUGAAUCAAGUAUGGAGUAA